GUGUGACUUCAGGGCUGGAGUGAACUGUGACCCAGCAGUUAAGAGCACUGGCUGCUCUUCCAGAGGCCCUGGGUUCUAUUCUCAGCACCCAUAUGGCAGCUCAUAACUUCCUGUAACUCCAGUUCCUGGGGGUCUGAUGGUCUCACACAACAUGUAGGUAAAACACCAAUACACAUCAAAUAAAAAUAAAAUUACAAAAAGAGAAAAGGGAAUGUUUUCCAUUUUAACCCCAGGUGGGGAUAGAGGGUUGUUUCAGACUGUCCACAGCAGCUGACUAGGAUUUGCCGCGGCUCUAGCAGAGGCAUGGUUGUGACAGCAGCUGAUAGUUUCUGUAUUUGUGUGGCAUUUGGAAUUCUGGAGACUUUUCAGAGGGUGUAUACAUGCUAGAGCCCAUGAGGGUGUGGUGGGUUGUUAGGCUUUUGUCAUUGGGGAAGUUGUUUUCAGUUUGUUAGCAACAAAAGGAAAGAAGUGAGGAUUUCCCUAAUUCCUUUUCCUCCUCUCUCCUUGUUUCUCUUAUCUCGGGUUAGGGGGUGACACCAAAGUGUGGGAAAAAGAACCCACAAAGUAGCAAAGACCAGGUACACCCUUCCAUGGGGAGACACCUUGCUUUCAGUUUAACAGGGUCAAAGCCAGCAGCUGCGGGAUCGUCACACCCUUACCCUUUAAUCCCAGCGAUGCUGAGCCGGCUUCCAUCCCCUCGCUGAGCUAGCCAGCUGUCUGACUGCUUGAAAAUGGCGGAAGAGGAAGAGGGCGGCGUGGAGGAGGGGGACGUGUUCCUAGCAUUUGCCCAGGGUCCCAUUCCUCCUCGGGGGCCCGUGCGGCGGGCUUUGGACAAGAUCUUCCUCGCCUUCUUGGUCCUCUUCCUGACUCUGCUGAUGCUGGAGGCUGCUUACAAACUGCUGUGGCCCCUGCCAUGGGCCAAGUUUCAGGACUGGCUCCUGAGGACCCCUGAGGAGGAGGCAGCUCUGGAACUCUGAGCGUCUUCAUAGACCACCUGUCCUUGCUACUGAGCCCAGCUCACUCAAAGAUUUAUUAUAUGUACGUACACUGUCGCUGUCUUCAGACACCCCAGAAGAGGGCAUCAGAUCUCAUUAAGGAUGGUUGUGAGCCACCAUGUGGUUGCUGGGAUUUGAACUCAGGACCUCUGGAACAGCAGUCAGUGCUCUUAACCGCUGAGCCAUUUCUCCAACCCUUAAGAGUGUAUUUUAUUUCCUUUUGAUUUCCUGCAAGUAUCAUGGUUUCAGUUUUCUUUCUGGCUGUAAGACUCCAUUGUAUGUCCGAACCACAUUUUAUCUGUUUUACGGGCCAGUUGGCUGCUUCUGUUCUUUUGCCUAUUGCAAUCGCUACAGCAAUAAACAUGGAUGUGUA